AACAUAUUGCGGGAUAAGCAAGGAGCGGGGAAGGAAGACAAGAAGGGGAGGAAAGGCCAAAUUGAGAAGCAGACAAAAUUCCGAGGAUCUCAAUGAAGAUUGAAGCGGCAGAGACGAAAUUUGGGAAAACUGCGUAUAGCAGGUGAAGUUGUGAAGAGAAAAGGGGAGAAGAAUCAAGCAGGCGGCGCGAAGAAGCAAGGGGAAAGAUAAAAACUUUGAAGCAGAAUGCCGCUCUCUUCUCCUCAGGACAUCAUACAGCUCAAUGUUGGAGGUAAGCUCUUUGAGACAACUGUCUCUACGCUCCAAUCUGGCGGUCCGGACUCUCUCCUCGCCGUCCUCUCCACCGGUCCCGCCAAGGAUUCCGGUCCCAUCUUCAUCGACCGUGACUCCGACAUCUUCUCCAUUCUCCUCUCUCUUCUUCGCUCUAAUCGCCUCCCCUCAACCGCCCUUCGACGCUUUUCCCUACAGGAACUGGCCGAUGAGGCUCUCUAUUAUGGUAUCGAUUCCCGCCUCCGAUUUGCCGUGUCCCCGCCCCAGCUUCAUGGCAUCGACGCUGCUGUGAAGGACACAAUCCGCCCAGCUGCGGACGCCAUUCCCUCCACCUUCUCUGCUGCGGAGGACGGCUCUGUUUGGAUUGCCCAUGGCGGACAGGUCUCCGUAUACGAUCCUUACCUAACCUAUACCUCUACCAUCCGUACCCAUCUCGAUGAUAUCACCUCAAUUCGCUGGGUUUGGCCUAAUAUUGCCGCUCUCGGAUCCGAGUCCACUGCUGGCAUCCAUUUCUACAACUCAUCCGCCGGACGCCACGUUAGUUCCGUUCACUGGACCGACCCAACCGAUCCGCGGAUCUACAAGGCGCGAGUCAACGCCAUCACCGACUCAACCAAUUCCAUUUUCGCCUCUUUCGACUGUCCCCACAAAGAAAACGCUGUCCUCGUAAUCGACAAAUCAACUCUCCAGAUCUCACAGGAGCUUGGCCGCCAACCCGGCAACUCGGCCAAGACCACGGUACCUGAAAAGCUAACUUGGCUGCCGGAGACCUGCUCCCUGAUCGGCAUCUCCGUCACGCAAGGAGCGUUCGGUUAUUCGGGGUAUAUCAGGAUGUGGGACCCAAGAAGUGGGGAGGUGGUAUGGGAGACGAACGAGCCAGGUUCGGGACGGAGCAGCAGCAGGUUCGGAGACCCAAUGGCUGACGUGGACGUCGACGUGGAGGGGUUGAAGCUGUUUAAAAUCUGUUCUAAAUCAGGGGAUUUGGCGAUGGCAGAUUUGCGUAAUUUAGGGGAAGAUCCGUGGGUGUAUAUGAAGGAUACUAACCCCAUCCUGAGAAAUACAAAUUGGAGUAGCAGUGGGAACAGUAUGGUGUUGCACUGUUACAAAAGUCAGGUUUUUGUUGGUAGAGAAGGAGAAUUAGAAGUCUGGUCAACAACAGAGGAUAAGAAAGAUGAAAGUCAAAGUGAUUUGGUCAACGAGAGAUUGGGUUAUAAGAGGAAUUAUGUGGAUAAAUCAGAUGAUGCAGAGAGAGGGGUGAUAAAGAGGAUAGAAGGAGGUGGGAAUAGGUUGUUUGUGAGCAGAGAAGAGGUUGAGGGUCUAGAGGUUUGGGAAAGCUCAAAUUUUUCUGGUGUACUCUCUGUUUCAUGAUGCAUCCAGACAUUGAUUCUUCUUUUUUUUUCUUUUUCUUUUUUUCCCUUUUGUAAUAACAAUGAUUUGGUGUUGUUAAUGCUCGGAAAUAAAAUUAAAUCACUUUG